CAAUUAAAGCGCAUCACAAUGAAGGCUCUUCUGGUAAUUUGUGUCCUGGCUUUGGCCAGUACGCCUGUAAUCCUGGCCCGCACCAUGGAUCGUUGUUCGCUGGCCCGCGAGAUGUCCAACCAGGGCGUUCCUCGUGACCAAUUGGCUCGUUGGUCGUGCAUUGCCGAGCACGAGAGUUCCUACCGCACUGGAGUGGUGGGUCCGGCCAACUCGGAUGGCUCCAACGACUACGGCAUCUUCCAGAUCAACGAUCUGUACUGGUGCCAGCCGCCCAGCGGAAAGUUCUCCCACAAUGGCUGCGGCUUGGGAUGCAACGACUUGCUGUCGGACGACAUCACCAACUCCGUGAGAUGUGCCCAAAAGGUCCUGGGUCAACAGGGCUGGUCCGCUUGGUCCACUUGGCAUUUCUGCAGUGGAAAUCUGCCUCCCAUCGAUGAUUGCUUCAAAUAGAGAAGUAAAUUGUAAUAACCUUGUCUUUGCAACACUCUAUUUGCUGUCUUAAGUAUUAUAAAUAUUGUUAUGUUUAAUUUAACACUUAUAUAUAUAUGUGCAAUCGCUUUAUAAUAAUA